AUGGGCAAACGCGGGCGGCCGCGCAAGGAGGCGCGCGGCGAGGGCGAGGGCGCGGGGCUGGUCCCCGCCGCGCCCCCGGCCGUGCCCCCGGCCGCAGCCGCGCCCCAGCCCCCGGCCCAGCCCGACGAACCGGCGGGGGCCAAGCCCAGGUGCCCGUUCUCGGACAUUUUCAACACCAGCGAGAACUCGAUGGAAAAGCACAUCAACACUUUUCUGCAGAACGUGCAGAUUCUGCUCGAGGCCGCCAGCUACCUGGAGCAGAUCGAGAAAGAAAACAAAAAGUGUGAACAUGGCUACGCCUCAUCGUUCCCCUCCAUGCCGAGCCCCCGGCUACAGCAUUCAAAGCCCCCGCGGAGGUUGAGCCGGGCGCAGAAACACAGCAGUGGGAGCAGCAACACCAGCACUGCCAACAGAUCUACACACAAUGAGCUGGAAAAGAAUCGACGAGCUCAUCUACGCUUGUGUUUAGAACGCUUAAAAGUUCUGAUUCCACUGGGACCAGACUGCACCAGACACACAACACUGGGUUUGCUCAACAAAGCCAAAGCACAUAUCAAGAAACUUGAAGAAGCUGAAAGGAAGAGCCAGCACCAGCUUGAGAACUUGGAACGAGAACAGAGAUUUUUGAAGCGGCGACUGGAGCAGCUGCAGGGUCCCCAAGAGAUGGAACGAAUACGAAUGGACAGCAUUGGGUCAACUAUUUCUUCAGAUCGUUCUGAUUCAGAGCGAGAGGAGAUUGAAGUGGAUGUUGAAAGCACAGAGUUCUCCCAUGGAGAAGUGGACAAUAUAAGUACCACCAGCAUCAGUGACAUUGAUGACCACAGCAGCCUGCAGAGUAUUGGGAGUGACGAAGGUUACUCCAGUGCCAGCGUCAAACUUUCAUUCACUUCCUAGAACCCAGCAUGACGUAACAGUGCAGGGCAAAAUAUUCACUGGGCCAAUUCAAUACAAUCUCUUAAAUUGGGUUCAUGAAGUCUCCUCUUUAAAACUAAAUAAAACUAUACUUGAACAAAAGGGUCAAAAGACCUGUAUUUAAGCAAAAAGUGGGGAAGAAUCUCCCCAACAGAACAAAUAUUUAUAUUGGAAAAACCACAAUUUCCAAUGACAGCAGAAAAUUUGUGUGAAAUUAUCUUGAGUUGAUUUCAGAGGACAUUGGAGAUCCAUCCUAUUUCUUUUCUAGUUUGGUUAUAAUGAAUUGCGUAUAAACACUUAAGGGUAGGGGGUGUUAAGAACCCUUCCUAAGCUUUGUGGCCCUAAAAACAAAAUCAAACUUAAAUGAGAGAAAAGUCAAAAUAAUCAGGCAUUAAUGUUGGAUAGCUAAAGAGCUACUAAAACUCAGCCUGGGACAGUUUAUCAUGAAGCCUGUGGAUGAUCAAUUCUUUAAAAAGAUCAAUUAAAUAAAUAAUAAAGCUCAUUUCAUGCCUACAAAAGGAGAGACUCCCAUGAAGCCUUUUGAGAGAUCAUCAUGCAGCUCAGCUUUCUGUUGGAUUCCAUGCUAAGCAAGCUAACCUUAUCCUGCAUCGUUAGCAGUAGGGCACCCAACCGCCAGCUCACCGCCCCUAGGCAACAUGGGGACAGUCCAUGCAUGGCAGCCUCUAUCACACAGGCCUAGGAGUAUGGAUUUGGGGGCCAGAAGGAAAAAGCUCCACGUGCCUCCGUGUCUGCGUGGAUCUGAAGAGUUGUGCACACAGUUUAGCAGGCCAAGGUCUGAGCCACGGCAGCAUUUUUAUUUGAGGUUUUGAUAACUGUUUAUAUGUGUUGAAAACCAAAAUGACAUCUUUUUAAAGCUUGUCCAUAAGUAACAUAGAUGUCUUUUAUAGUGGAAAAAAACACAUGGGAAAAAUCAUCUAUUUUGAUGCAGCAUUUGAUAAUGAUUAAAACCCUCACACCUCACUCCUUAUAGUGCACAAAAUGAAUGAGGUCUGGGUUAGGUAGAAAAAAAGGUCAAUGCUGUUUUUGUUUUCUUUUAGGAACAGUACCUUUUACCAGCUUGUAACCAUCUGAUAUCCAUAGUAGACACACUAUCAUAGUUAACAUAGUUAAGUUCAGCACUUGUCUCAUUUUAACGUAAAGAUUUGCUUCCAUUUUCUACAUGCAAGUCUCUCUCCUGUCUCAUAAACCCACUGUGCAGGUGCUAUUGUUGCUCUUAUAUUUUCAGAAAUGUUAUUUUCUUCUAAGUGAAAUUUCUAGCCUGCACUUUGAUGUCAUGUGUGCCCUUUGUCUCAAACUCUCAAGGUUUCCCUCUGGUCCUCUCCUUUACCCUGGGAAGCCUUCCUGGAGACCUUACCCCCAGCUGUUUGGACUUUGUCUUUAAAUAAUUUAACUACCCUUAAGUACUUAAAAAAAGCUUUAUGAUUUUCAUAACUUAUUGCUGAUUUUAAUGGGUUGUUAAUUUCAGUCCUGUAGUUUUAUUUUAUGUUUAGAUAGGGCUGGGCAAGGAAAAAAGAAAAUAAAGACAACCAUAUUUAGCAGUGCA